AUGUCCAAGCGCUCUUUAACUUUAUCGAAGCUGCCCGUGACGAUUCUCACGGGCUUCCUUGGAAGUGGGAAAACGACGCUGUUGAAUCACUUACUAACCGAAAACCACGGGAAAAGGUUCGCAAUCAUCGAGAAUGAGUUCGGUGAAGUGGGCGUGGACGACCAGCUUAUUUGCCAAGUCACGACUCCAGACGACAUCGGUGGAGGCGACUCCAGAAGCCGAAAGUUCAAUAUGGGUGAGGAGAUUCUGACUAUGAACAACGGCUGCAUCUGCUGUUCCGUACGAGGCGAUCUCGUUCGACUCAUUGCACAGAUCCUCAAGCGCAAUGGGGACCGUAGCCAGCUGGAUGGGAUUAUCAUCGAGACCACCGGGAUGGCCGACCCUGGUCCCGUUGUGCAGACGUUCUUUGCUGAACCAUUGGUGGCGGCGACGUGCGAGCUUGACGGAAUCAUCACAGUUGUCGACGCGAAGCACAUUUUGCAGCAUCUCCGUCCUGGAAACGGGGUGGAAUACGAGUGCGAAGAGCAGAUUGCUUUUGCAGAUCGCGUCCUGCUGAACAAGACGGACCUGGUGAGUUCGACCGAGCUCAAGGAGGUUCAUUAUCGCAUUCGCGACAUCAACAGCGCCGUGUCUGUCAUUAAGUGCCAACACUGUCGGGUAGAUCCCGCUCUGCUUCUCAACGUCAAGACUUUCGAUCUCGACUCCAUUCUGAAGAGACAACCCGACUUCCUUAAGGUCAAAGAAACCACCCACGCUCAUGGAGAUGACACUGACCAUGAGCACAAGCACGGCCAUGAACAAAACGUAGAGCUGCAUCACAGUGGAAACAAACGCAAGCACUCACUGGUGACCUCGGUGGGCCUCAGUCUUCCCGACCCGAUCCUUGUGGCGCUGUUGGAAGAUUGGAUCGACGAUAUCCUGGAUACGGAAGGUGACGAUCUGCUUCGUUAUAAGGGCGUGGUGAACGUCGCCGGUAUCGAUAAGAAGUACGUUUUUCAGGGCGUACACACGCUGUUCAACGGUCGGUUCGCUGACAAUUGGGCUCCAGGCGAGAAGCGCGAGACGCGGUUCGUUUUCAUUGGUAAAAACCUCGACCGCCAAGCGCUGACUGAAGGUUUCCUGGCAUGUCGAGCUACAACAGACCUUCGGUUCCGAGUAGGAGACCGGGUCAUGGCAAACACUGGCGAUCAAGGUUUCCAGGCUGGUACCAUUGUACAGCUCUGGGAACAGGGCAACCCGUACGCAAUUCAGCUCGACUGCGGCCGGAAAAUAUGGGCUCCAGUGGAUGAGAUUGGGCUUGUACGAGCGCUGGGGGAGGCUCAACAGGAGAAGACUAGACAGCCUCUCACAAUGAUCCAAAUACUGGCAUAA